CACGCACUGCUGUUUGCUGCUCUACAGACAUCGCCUGUCCCGUCAUUUCGCAUCAGAAGACGUUUCAGGAGUGGCAGUGAAUGGAACUGUGCUGGAACCAACUGUUCGCUGCGUUUAAUAAACCCCGAGAGUGCCCAUUAGCCAAGCAGCUUUCGUAGCACGAGCGUCAUCCUGGCGGAGAAGCAUUCGGUAGCACCGAGCUUGCCACUUCCGUAAAUCUCGACUGUUGAUCUCGGCCAAGUUCCUAUCGACAGCCUUUUGCGAUUGUCGACUUAACAUUAAACCGCUACCGAAAAAGCAACCACCUUGACCAUCGUGCUGCGACGAGCCAUCACUUCUCCAUCUGCAUCAACUUCAACGCCGAGGAUCAUGCCCCUCACAGAAAUCUCGUUACAAUAUGUCGUCUCCAGAUGAGGUGCUCAAGGAAUGGUACCAGGCUUUGAAAGAAGUUCCGAAAGAUGCCCACUUGCUUUGCCCCCAGCUAGGACCGAACGAUGACGAAAAUUACAAAACUGUGUUACCAACAUCAGCCAUCAGCGACGAAGAACGAAAAAAGCGUAUCAAGGAUGCAGAUCGCAGAAUACAGAUUACAUAUUGGAAUAGUGUCAUCUUUGCCUUUGACCAGGAAGAUGUUGGUACAUGGGCGGCCGAGUUUGCAGACAGACUAACCGCCUGUUUGCGAGAGUGCAGUAACUGCAUAUACAAUUGGCAUAUGAAACGCCGCCAUUAUAUCAAAGAAUACGAAGAACGAUGGGAUACAGAAACGGCGGAUAACUUGGCCAGUGUCCUCACUCGCAAAGACAUUUCCCGUAUCAACCAGAGCCUUAGUUGGGCAAAGGAAUUCAUCCAAAAGAUUGAACAAUCUGGUACGAAGUUCAAAAGAUCACUUUUUGGAGAUCAUCAGAGUAUCGUCCUCACGACCGUCUAUGAGGCCCUUUGCUGUCCCGACUAUAUCGCACAACCCGAAACCCGCACCCUCUUCCAAUACGUAUUUUCUCGUCUGCAAGGCAAGAAUCACCUACGUCUUGGAGCAACGGACCCCAUUCCUGCGCUGAGCUAUUUCGUAUUCGACUUUCAGAAUGACGAUCGACGAGCGUGGGCAUAUGCCAAUUGGGAAUAUGUCCCAGAUUCAUCCAUGACAAUAGAACAAUUUGACUGGGCCAUGAACACCUGUCUCGUGUCAACGAUGGAUUACAUACACCGCAAAACCCUCAGAGCUGCGUCUCCCGAGGACCUUCUUCAGAUCGAACAGUUUUGGACUGGAUUUGAACGAAUCCUGAAAGCUGCUACGGGAAACUUGAUCAUGGAGCGCUUACGCAAUUUGGAGCGGAAGCCGGGCUGUCCGACUAUUUAUGACCUCCUUUAUAGUCAUAUAUCGUCGUGCAAUUCAGAGGGGGUCCUGGUCAUUGCCAUUCGUGUUAUCACUGGCUUGAUACAAAAAUGUCCGACAGCAUUCUGGGGCACACUGGCAGAUGCCAAACCAAAUGUAGUCGCAGACCUGAUUUUUGCAUCGCCGGCCUUCCCCAUGCUGCUUCAGCAAUCUGUCACAGGUCUUUGGACGCCAUGGGAUGCUAGCUAUGCUGGCCCUUUUGCUAUGUCUUGGAUAGGGCCGUGGAUGGAAUCGAUCCCUCGCGAUCGCAAAUGCGAUGCCUGUGAAGUACUCCUUCAAUCUCUCCUUAUGUCUCUGCCCAAGGUUGAUAUUGGAGAAGCGGGAUUGUCGGCGUGCAUAAGAGCAGGCUUUGACGCUCUAGCGCAGGCUGUUAGUGCCUUCGACGGCCAGGAUUCAGCCCUCGCCAAUGGCACCACCCACCUCUAUGCAGACAUGACCUUCAACCUUGUCGUGAAGUUUAUCGGCGUUCUCAAGACGAGUCUCCAAGAUAUUGAGAAGAAGCAAACCGAAGUGGGAUGGGCUACGUUCAAGGUUUCAGAGGCCGCCAUGCACGUGGCUUGUAUAACCAUGGACUUGGAUACAAGGCUCUGGUUUGCACAGCAUCGAGCAAUUCUUCGACAGGAUAGACUACAGGAUACCAUAACACGGAAAUCCGAUGAGUUCUGGAUGGCUGUGCGUGAUAUUUUUGAAAUAACACAACACCGAGUUGAAUUUGCAAAGGCUGUUCUCCGCACUCUUGGCUGUCUGACUUCCAUUGAACAAUUCAGAAAGAAAAAGACAGACACAAAACUUGAUCUACAGCAACUUAAGUUCAACGAAGGGCUGGGGAAGACUGAGGAAGUUCUGACUACUAUUAUUGGUAUAAUUGCUGAUUUUGAUGUCACGGACUUGAACACCCUUUUGGCCGACAAGAUUCCCAUCUAUGCGACAAUUGGACUCUCACUUCGUGGCGAUUCAGACUUAGCAGAAGCAUGUGCCGGAGUUUUGAAGGCGUGGACGGAAAAGCUUAGUCGAAGUGCUGCACUAGAGGAGAUGGCCUUACUUCAUACCGAUCAGAUACUCGCUAGUAUUAUUUGGGCUCAGGAUCAACUUUUCAGAGGGGCUAUGCCCUGGAGUAUGAUAAAGCCACUUGUUGUCACGGUUAAGGCGGUUCUACGGAGUCUCGUGGACCCUAGUGAUGGUGUUCUUCGCAAGGAUACUAUCGAUUCCAAGUCUGUUGCCAUUUUAAUAUCUUGGUGGAAGCAGCAGUGGACUUUCGUGUCCGAGUGUUGUCGUCAGAUUGAGAACUGGUCAUACUAUAUUGAGCGAAAAAUAAUGACAGACUUCUGUCGCGAAAUCAUGGAAUUGGCUGAGUCUCUCAUUAUGGAAGAUGGCCUGUUCACAUCCGCAGUUGCUAGGGCUCGCAACAAGAGCGAGGGGGAUGCAAUGAAGGACAUCCUUGCUCCAGCGAAGAAUCAUUUUGGUGGUAUGGAGAUGAUGAUUCGCCUAAAGGACGAAUGGCUAGUCGCUGUUACCACUCGUGUACUCUGCAAGAUUUUGACCCGUCUCCGUGAAAACGACUUGGAGAUCAAUUCAACAUCUCGCCAACACAUUAUCGAUGCUUGUGUUCCUAUCCCCGGAACAUCAAAAUACAAGAGAGCCACCAAUCUCAGAGAUGGACAGAGGGCUGAUUUCCUCCAGGCUCUUGGCAACAUUGAGGAUGAAGUGCAGUUUGUUUCCUCAGCUUCUGUGGCGUCCCAACCAGAGAAGGUAAAGAAGCAAACCAACCUGAAAGACUGGUCCAAGAGCGGUGCUUCUUCAAGUGGCGCGUCAUCCUCAACUUCCAACAGAGAUGAUGUCUUGAACCUUAGUAGAUCAAUUGAGAAUCCAGUCUUGAAACGUAUGGCAGCUGAGCGUCAAGCGAAAGCAGCAGCGGCAAAGUCCAAGACCAAGGUUCCAGAUCUCAAGGCUAUCUCAGCGCUGAAAGAGAGUCGACAAAGGGAGAAGGCUCUCAAAGCACAACGAGAUGCUGAAGCAAUUGCGAAGGCCAAGCAACUACGCGGAGAGUCCGAUGGUUCACUUGGCCUUGCGAAUAAAGACCGGAGCGAAAUCAUGGUUCAUAGUUCCGAUGAAGAGUCUGACAACGAGAGUGAAGAUGAGGAAGCAAUCGGUCAACUGGCAGCAAUCAGCAGUGGUGGGCAAAAGUCUCUUGAUGCUGCAGAAAGGAAGCAGAUGCAGGCAUUACGAGACCAGACCCGGCGACCAGUAAAGAAGAUCCGACAACAACGAUCCGUAAAGGAGAUGAAAGCUCGGCUCCUACCGCCUAUGGAUCGUCUACACAAUACUGUUUUAGCAUGGGAUAUAUUUCACGAAGGCAAUGAGCCUCCGUCUGGUCCUCAAGCGUCUUCUGUGGCAACGACAUACUCAAAUCCAAGAAGCUACCAGGAUACCUUUUUCCCUUUGCUUGCGUCGGAAGCAUGGCGGUCUUUUGUUACUGCAAAAGAUGAACUUACUGCCAAGCCCUUUGGUAUGAAUGUUGCAAGUAGAGCGAAUGUCGAUAAUUUUAUCGAAAUUACAUUUACUCUGCCAGUUGAUGAGCAGCGAGACCGUGGAGUGUUUGAGGGUGACAUUCUCCUAGUCUCUGAAAGUGAUGACCCCCUCGCAAAUCAAGGCGAUAGGCAUUGCUUGGCUCGCGUUCAUCGCACAACGUUCAAGAAAGAGCGUGUCGAAAUCAUCUUUCGAGUUGCAUCUAGAGGUAAUGCGCUUGUCCCAUGUCUGACACCUGGUGGUGGUGUUCAUGGUAUCAAAAUUACCAACAUGACCACUAUCGAGCGAGAAUAUGCGGCACUGGAAAGUUUGCAGUACUAUGACUUGAUGGAUGAAGUAUUGAAGGCAGAGCCGUCGCCAAUUUUACGUUAUGGCGAUGAAAAAGUCAACAACUACAUGGCAAACUGGGCACUCAAUAGAGGUCAAGCCAUGGCAGUCCUUGGUGCCCAAGAGAAUGAUGGUUUUACGCUAAUCCAAGGCCCUCCGGGAACUGGCAAAACAAAGACCAUUAUAGCAAUGGUCGGUGCGUUGCUCUCAGAGCAGCUUGCACAGUCACAAAUGAAUGCAGUACCCCUACGCCCCAGUGGUCCUAUAACUGGCCCUCCUGGUGCACCCCGUGGCAAGAAGCUUCUUGUUUGUGCACCAAGUAACGCCGCUGUCGAUGAACUCGUACUGCGUCUAAAAAAUGGCAUCGUUACAUCCAGUGGCAAAACGCGCAAAAUCAACGUUUUGCGCUUAGGCCGAAGUGAUGCCAUCAGCGCAGCUGUCAAAGAUGUCACUUUGGAAGAGCUUGUUCGCAUCCGUCUAGAAGGUGAUACUACAAGGGAUAAGGCCAAGGCAGAUCGAGACAAGAUGCAUGAGACUGCGGGCAAGCUGAAAGAAGAGCUUUCGCAUUUGAUACCACGUAUCGAGGAUGCCCGCCUGCGCAACGACACUGAGCUUCUCAAUCGCCUAUCCCGAGAACGUGACGGGCUAAAGAAACAGCAAAUGGAGAUUGGUCGGCGCAUUGAUGCCGAUAAGGAAAGCGGCAACACUGUCGCGCGUGAGGUGGAAAUGCGCCGCCGCCAAGUGCAGCAAGAGAUCUUGAACGCUUCGCAAGUGCUCUGUGCCACACUGAGUGGUAGUGGCCAUGAAAUGUUCCGAAACCUUGAUGUUGAGUUUGAGACGGUAAUCAUUGAUGAGGCUGCACAAUGUGUGGAGCUGAGCGCCCUGAUUCCCCUCAAGUAUGGUUGCUGCAAAUGCAUUUUAGUUGGUGAUCCAAAGCAGCUUCCACCCACUGUGCUCUCGCAGUCUGCUGCCAGGUUCGGUUACGAUCAAAGUCUCUUCGUCCGCAUGCAACAAAACCACCCCAAAAGUGUCCACUUACUAGACAUGCAAUAUCGUAUGCACCCUGAGAUCAGCUGCUUUCCUAGUAAGGAAUUCUACGAAGGCCAACUCAAAGAUGGCCAGGACAUGGCCGGGCUCCGAAAUCAACCAUGGCACAAAUCUGAACUCCUUGGGCCUUAUCGUUUCUUUGAUAUCGAAGGUUCGCAGGAGAGAGGCCGUCGUGGCCAGUCACUCAUCAAUACAAGGGAAUUGGAUGUUGCUCUCCAGAUGUACGACCGAUUUAGUCGUGACUUUGCAGAAUGCGACUUGGCCGGUAAAAUCGGCAUUAUUACUCCUUACAAGGCCCAACUUUACGAAUUACGAUCAAGGUUUCGUUCACGAUAUGGUGAAAGCAUUACUGACAUUAUCGAAUUCAACACUACAGAUGCCUUCCAGGGCCGCGAGUGCGAAAUCAUCAUUUUCUCUUGCGUCAGAGCUAGUGCCACUGGCGGCAUUGGCUUUAUGACGGAUAUUCGCCGCAUGAAUGUCGGUCUAACAAGAGCAAAGUCGUCACUUUGGAUCCUCGGCGAUGCGAGAGCGCUGCGACAAGGUGAAUUCUGGGCAAAACUCAUUGAAGAUGCUAAGGAGCGCAACCGAUACACUAAGGGUGAUGUCUUGGGCAUGUUCCGUCGACCCUUGCAGCUCAAGUCUGGCAAGGAGACUAGUCCACCAUCUAUCAUUAAGCAAGAAGAUGUGGAAAUGUCCGACGCACCGUCUGUUGAUGAGAAAUCCAACAUGGGCACACCUUCCGACCCACCGAGCGUCAAACCCGAGGCAAUAGCGCCGCGAAGUAUCGUUGUGGCGUCGAGGUCCCCGGCCGGACCGCCGGCAAUCCGCACAAGCACGACGCCUGCACCGGACACCAAAAAACGCGGACUCGACAGCCCGGACUCGGCACAACCUGAAAUCAAGAGAAUUGCGAGCACGAAGCCGCGCAGCGGCUUGAUGAACAAGUUCGGACAGAAGCCCCCCCGACCUGUUCGACCACCAACGGACCCUGCCGGGAUGACAUCCCUAGGCCUAGUGCCUCCCGAGCGUCCACCGGCCCGUCUGGACCCCCUCUCCUCGAUAACACCAACGAUGAAGACGAAGCCUCUUCAGAAUCCAGCGAUGGAUCCGAUACCGCAGAGUGGAUCGACGUCAGCAUUUCCAAAACCACCACGGCCGGACCCGAGUAAACUUAAUCCCAAUGGGCCAACUGUACCCAAAAAGAAGGGCAAGCCGAGCAUGUUUAUCCCUAAGAAGCGCUAGCAACGGCAAUGUUUACACAGCUGGUGGAAGAGAAAGGAACCAUUACUACUUAUUGAUACUUUGCAUAGAUUUGUUUGCAUUGCUUGGCGUUUUAUACAUUGGCUCGCAUCUCAAAAGAUUUCAGGGAUUAGGAAGUUUACAUCUUGCAUUUUUUACAAGUAACUGCUUUGGUCCCGUCAUUGGCCACACCCUCUGUGAAGAGUGGCUCUUUAGCAUACAUUGGAAAUAGCACACGAUUAUU